AUGUCGCUACCACAAACUGGUGACCCGGACUUGAACCGUGCUUCUGAGCCUUCCGCCGGCGAUCACGUUUCUCCGCCGCCCGGCCCACAUCCCUCUACUUCCUACGAUUCCACUGUCUCAGCGGCAUCGCAGGCACACGUUCGCUUCCCACCUUUCUGGGCCCAUGACCCCGUCCUCUGGUUUGUCCAGGUCGACAUUAACUUUUCCUUCCGCCGAAUUACGUCCGAUACGAGCAGGUAUGAGUAUGUAGUGGAAAGCUUACCCUCGUCGGCCGCCGCCGAAGUUCGCGAUAUCUUGCUCUCCCCCCCCCCCCGCAAACACACACACACACCCAGCGAUGCUUAUACAGCACUCAAGGAUGCCCUCAUUACGCGGCUCAUGACGUCGGAGCAGCGCCGCAUUGAGCAACUCCUUUCUUGCGACGACCUUGGCUACCGUAAGCCCACGCAGCUGCUUCGUCACCUGCAAUACCGUCUUGGUGAUAAGGCUGCCACCAUCGACUCCGCAGUUCUGAGAGAAAUUUUUCUACAUCGUCUCUCCAGCAAUGUCCGCGUCGCGCUUGCUGCGGCCCGUUCUCUACCCCUAAACGGCUUCCCCGAACUAGCAGACAGCGUGGUCGACAUAGCACCUCCCUUGGUGGCUGCUUUGCCCGCCCCUGUAGACACGGUCACCACGGACGUUGGGUUGCUCAGCCAAGAAGUUUCAAAACUUACGGAGCUCGUUGCCCACCUCAUGGACCAAACCCGGCCAGCACGUCGCUCAAGAAGCCCUCGUCCUUCGGUCUGGCGCCCACAGCGUUCUCCAUCUCCCCCUCGCCGCUACCCUUCACCAGUGAACCCCGCUCUCUGUUGGUACCACCAGAGGUUCGGACACAGGGCCCGCCGUUGUGAGCAUCCUUGUACCUGGACCUCGGCAAACGAAACGACUAAUCACUGA